AUGCACCUGCUGAAGCAAACCGGGCAUUCCUCACUUGGCUUGCCGGAGGAUAGCUACAUCUAUUCAAUCGUGCCAUCUUCUCGAACAGAGUUUGCAGCCAUCUCAUCUGAUGACUCGCUACGCAUAUUUGAUGCGAACAGACUUAGCCACACAUCGUUAUUGGCUAACAACGCACACGAUGGGGUUACUUCGCUGCAGACUUAUGAUGCUAGCAAUCAGCUAGUGGUUACUGGAGGGCGAGACGGAAAAGUGAAACUCUGGGAUCUUCGCAAUGGGAAGAACUCCGCGGUUGUUGCGGUGGAAUCAUUUGUCCACUGGGGCGAACUCACUUCUGGCCCUGAAGUCUGCCUUGAUUUGCGCAGCCUGUGCGAGCUGCUUACUGAUCCUGCCACAGCGAAUCAGGCCCCUGUGCUGUCCACAGCCACUUGCUCCGAAACCAACAGCCUUGUCGCUGGAACAGAACUGCACUCCCAUCAAGCAAUCGUUGCAUUCUGGGACGUUAGAUCCGCAACCCAGCCUCGUCUCGAAUACGUGGAAAGCCACAACGACGAUGUAACUGAGCUUCAAUAUCACCCAACCCGCCACAACAUUCUGCUCUCAGGAAGCACUGAUGGCCUGGUCAACAUCUACAACACGACCAUCACCGACGAAGAUGAGGCUCUCGUUCAGGUCAUUAACCAUGGCUCCGUACAUCAUGCUGGCUUCAUUAACGAGCGAACCAUCUACGCCUUGAGCCAUGACGAGACGUUCGCGAUCCACCCGGCUACCGAUCCAGACGAGGAAGCGCAGGAGCCCGAACCAAUUCAGUUUGGCGACAUUAGACAGCCCCUCAGCUGUGAAUAUAUCGCGCAGCUCUGCAUCGGCAGUCAGGGACCGUAUAUCGCCGCGGGUCAUAAAAUCGAUAAACGACUUGACCUCAUCCCUCUCGUGCCGACUCCCUCGUGGCGCUUCGACGAGCAAAGCCUAUGGCGCCUUCCUGGCGGCCACGGCGAGGAGGUCGUGCGCUCCGUCUAUGUCGAUGAGCAGAAUCAAUCCGUGUUUACUUGCGGCGAGGACGGCUUCGUUCGUACUUGGAAGCCAGAAACAGAACAGGGUCAGGACAACCCAGUGGAGACACCGCGGAAGGAAAAGAAGACGAAGGAGAAAGCCCGUUACAGGCCGUACUGA